AUCCUUUCGACAGCUUCAUCGCUACAAUGACACCCACUGGCAAAGGAACAAAUCCAUCGAAGAAGCGUCCUAUCAAAAUGAUACAGCGUUGUGUAUGUUCGGGUAUAACCAAAACGGCGAUACGACGUCUAGCUCGUCGUGCUGGAGUUCAGCGCAUAUCCGAGGAUAUUUACGAAGAGAUUCGAUGUGUUCUGCACCUUUUCAUCGAGGAAGUCAUAAGCAGCGCCAUUCUCUAUAUGGAACAUGCGAAGCGCACCACUGUCACAGUUAUGGAUGUCAUCUACGCAUUGAAGCGCAAGGGAUACAAAAUUGAUGAAUAUGUAUAGAUAAGGAGAAGAAGAAUGUGAGAACAUCCACACUAACCUCGAUGACCUACGUUAUCUCAUCACAGCUUAUGCUAAUCAACUGAUCAUAUUUCUCUUAUAUCAUAAGUCCAACAUGUUUAAGCUUAUAUUCGCUUAUACUCCUGUCGUUGUAAUUGAACUCAACAUGUUUUAGCCUUUAACUGCUUACUCCUAUUGCUGUUAGUGUU